AUGGAUGUUACCACUGCCUUUCUGAACGGCGACCUUGCUGAAGAAAUUUACAUGCAGCAGCAUCCUUGUUUUGUCCUUCUGGGACUAGAAUCCAAAGUCUGUCGCCUUUAUCGCAGUUUCUAUGGUCUUAAACAGGCUCCUCUCUAUUGGAACCUGAAAAUUGACUCGCUCUUAUGUGCUCAUGGAUUCUCUCACAUUCCCAGCGAGCCGCGUGUCUAUGUUUUGACUCCGGAGUCCCCCAUUUUUGUCGCGCUCUAUGCGGAUGAUCUCCUGAUUCUCUCUUCCCAGUUACCUGUCAUUCGCACGAUCCAACAGCUGUUACACCGACAAUUUCGAAUGAAAGACCAGGGUGCCGUCCGACAUUUUCUUGGCCUAAAUAUUCAGACUACUGCCUCGUCGGUGCCCUUCAUCCUGUCUACCUACCUUGGCUCUCUUCUUGCUGCUUACGGGCUAUCUUCUUGCAAUCUCGUAUCCACACCUGACAAUAGUUUACCCUGGAAAUUUUCCCAUCCUGUGCCUGCCGAUAUCACUACGUACCGCAGCAUUGUAGGGACACUGCUAUUGGCUGCCAAUACUGCGGGUCCAGACAUCGCCUUUGUUGUUUCUAAGCUAAGUCACUAUCUCAACAAACCUCAGAAUAUUCACCUCGCCAAAGCUAAACAUGUUUUGAAGUAUUUGAAGGGGACCCUGAAUUGCGGAAUUGUACACCCGAAACCCCUCCAACCAGGAACAGAUGUUUCGCGCACAGGCUAUUGUGAUGCUGUUUGGGCUGGCGACAAUAAAAGAUUUGUAACUUCCGGAUACAUUUUAUUGAUUAACAAUGUUCCGAUCAGCUAG